GAAGUUAACAUUUUCUACACAAUAUGGCGGAUCAAGAUGUAAACAAUUACUUGACAACACGAUAUUUUACACUGAUUUUGAUUCAUUUAGUGAAUAUUUUCUGAAAACUUCGUAUUUUAAAGAAAUGUCUAGGGCACAAUCGCGUAUGUCAGCCCGAACGGGAGGAGGUUCAAGGGCAGCUUCGGCAAAAAGUACCAAGAGCGCAAGACAUCAUGUGGUCAUUCACUCCACUGUUCUUCCCAUGUCUAAAGCUUAUCUUGGGAAGGAAUAUGAACAAAGACUAGCAAACGCCGCCGGUGAAGGAGACUUAAUCGCUGUAAUCAAAAUCUUAAAAUUUAAUGUUAGUCCGGACUCCAGGGAUGAAAACGGACAACCUGCGCUUGUUAAAGCUUGUAUGGGAGGCCAUGCAGAAGUUGUAUCAGUUUUACUUGAAGCAAAGGCAAAUCCCAACAUCAGGGGUAUCUAUAAUGCAACCCCUCUCCAUGCUGCUGUCAAAGGUCAAAAUGUGAAUUGUGUGAAACAUAUUAUAUUGGGAGGAGGUCAGUUAAUUCCGCAGACAACGUCAGGACUUACUCCACAAGACAUGGCAAAAUACGGGUCAGAAAUCUGGGAAAUAAUCGGUGAUGCCAGGAAAGGAGAUAUGCCAGAGAUUGAGGAAAUCAGCGAGGUGCCAGAAAUACCCGACUAUGCUCUCCCAGAUGGCGCGGCGAAGAAAAAGAAAGGGAAGAAAGGGAAAAAAAGUGGAAAGAAAAAGGGUGGGAAGAAGGGAAAGAAAAGUGGCAAAAAGAAAAAGAAGAAAAAGUGACAUAUAGAUGUAUUACCAGAACUCUUUCAAUAUAUUAUAAAAUGAAAGCCUUGUGUUUAUAAUACAGGUAUGACAGUUUUGCAUGAAGGCAUCUACUAUAACAGCAUCUUACUUAUUUUUUUUACAUGUACACUAUAUUGCAGAUAGUUUCAUGAAGUUAAAAACAGUUUAUUUCUAAUCACUAAAUAACUACCAGUAAUUGUUUUUUUUCAAUGGAUUCAAAUUUUUGUUUUGUUUCAAAACAGGAACAUUUACUUUUAUAAUAUUUAAAUAUGACUCAGAUAAUAUAUUAGAUUAAAAAUAAUUGUUUCAGAUGAUACUGCAUUUUAACCAAAAAAAAAGAGCUCCCAACAGAAAAAUUUAAUUUUGUUGCAUUUAUGCUAAGCAAUGAAAGUUAACAAAUUGUGUCAAUGUGCUAAAUUUUACAUUCUAGUCAUCUGUGUGUCUCUAAUCUGAACAGCAACUUUAGUUUUAUUUGGAACCAAGCUUGAAGCAUUAAUUUUCUUAACCUGGAUUUAUAAAUAUCUUUGUGUAAGAAAUCUGUUAAUUUUUAAAACAAAUAGGAAAUUUUACAAAAUAAAAUAUUUCAUGGAUACAUGUA